AUGAACAACAUCAAAACCGUGGUUUAUUUUCUUCUUAUCUGGACAUCCUUGGCAAUAUGCUGCAACGCAUGGAAAAAGGAUCAAGAUUCGGAAGACACCGGUCGUCGCAGCGUGUACCAAGACAACGUCAAGGAAUUACUCAAGCGACAUCCUUGGAAAAAUGUUUGUUCUGGUGUUACUUUUUCUUGUGGUUCUGGUUCUGGUCAUACGAAUGCGUGUUUUUGUGUUGGUCGUACUUGUCCUGAUGGUUGUGAUAGUGAUAGUGAUUGUUGUACUGCUACUGUUAAUGGUAUUCGUUAUGUUGGUUAUUGUCUUGAACGUUUUAAUUCUGCUUAUUGUCGUUAUCGUCCUAGUUCUCGGUAA